AUGUCUUCUCCCUCCCCAGUCGACCUCUCAAGCCAUUUUGCAUGGUAUCGCGAGCAAUAUCAUGCAAACUACCCUAAAUGCGCUCGCCUCCCAUACGUAGCAUCUCCCAGCGCGGCUCGGAGACUGCGGAGACGUGUUUUCGAAUCGCGAGAGGAGUAUGUGGAGCAUAUCCGCAAGGACCGCACCUCCACUCGCCGGCAUCGAACACCCAACCGGUCACUCGAUCUGAACGUACUACGUCAGAUCGAGCAUGGAGAACUGGUAUGGUCCCUUGCCCACUGUGUGGCACCCACCAUAUAUCAUCCCUCCCGAUCCUCUGCGAAGCGCAAACACGCGCCUGAGGUCGUCACAGGCUUCGCGGAGGGCCAUUACGACGACAAGAGCCGCCUACCCGCGCUCAAGCGACGGCUCUGGGAGAAGGGGCCCGAAAUGAAACCAAGAACUAUACGCAAGUGGUACUUGAACCUCGUGCCCGACACGUUGUGGCGUGCUCAGUGGCGACCCAGUUUUGUCACCAAGCUAUCUGGCUGCGCUAUGCGCAAGAUGGAGGCGCGCCGCAGUGUCCCCCAUCUCCUUCAGGAGAGCGGCUUCAAGGCGCCCCUGGCAGCUUCGCUCGCCCGCCAGUUUUUGUCCGCCACAGUCGCGCGCAAGCGGCAGCUCAUCCGGGCUAAGCGUCCCCCGAAGUCCAAGAAAACGGAGGCCAACGAUGCGCAUGCAAUGGAGGGUGUCGCUGCCACACAAUCGCACCAGGUCAGCAGUGCCACCGGGGAAUCUUUGUCACUCGCACCCCAUCCCUCCAGCGAUCGCAUGGAGACCGACGCCAUUGGUUUCGCGUCGAAUACCAAACCUGUCUCGAUCGCUCCCGUACCUCUAGCCAAUCCCGCUCCCUCGUCCAUCCCCGGCAAUUACAUGCCCUCCAUCAGCCUCCCGAUUUCUGAUGUCGAUGGACCAUAUGUGCCUCCGGUCGUAGAUUUGGUCGCCAUCCCAGAGUAUGCCAUGGAAGACAUGGCUGGCGUCUUCCAGGGCCCUGGCACCUCGACGUACGACGUCCCAGUGGCGCCGUCGCAGGGCUUCGGUCUUAUUCACAGUGACGCAGACAUGACGACGAGAGUAGAUUCCAAGUCACAGGACGGGGAGAGGACACCGGAGCUCGAGGAAGAUUGCAGCAGUGUCGGGCCUGGAGAGGAGGCGCGGUGUACGAGCGAUGAGCUCCCGGACUACGAGGACGAUGAUAGCGGCGCAGACGUGGCUGUGGUCGCCAACGGUCCGGCAUCCUCGCUAUUACACGAGAAGGCGGAGGUGCAUGCUGCGGUCGAGGCGUACCUGCAAGAGGUUGCGCUGGACUUCGGGCUGUCUUUCCUCGACGAGGUGUCGCGGAGCAUGCCAGACACCGAAGAGGAUCUCAAGCUGAUUCCCGCGCAUUCAAACAAGGCGGAAAAACGGGUACAGGAGGUGUUGCUGGUUGCUAACGGGGGCUGGGCUGGAGAACAAGGGGAAAGGGAAAGUGAUGAUGAUAGCAAAGGGGAGGAGAAUGAUUGCACUCACGAGGACGCAGAGGUCGAGGGAGAAGAAGAGCGGGAAGGAGAGGAAGAAGAGGAAGAAGAGGAAGCGGAGGGGGAACCAAAAUUCGAAGUAGACGAAGAGAACUGCGAGAUGGCUGACAGAGAAGCUGAUCAUAACACUCCUGAAGGCAUCUAUCGUGAGGACGAAGACUGCGAUCCCCGUCGAGAAGAUGAAAAAAUGAAGAUGCGGAGCAAAAAAGAUCAAUUAAAAGAGGCACAGAAAAGAGCAGCGGAGAGCAAGCAUCUUCGGAAGCUGCAAAAGGAACGCAUGGAGCUCGAGCUGAAGCUUGCCACAUUGCAGCAAAGACAGGAGAAGCCGACCAACUUUAAAUUUGUACUGAACAAUCAAAAAAUGACACUGUUGCCGCGUCGCAGCGAAGAUGCCGAUGAGAACGCUCUUGUGAAUGCUUUCCAGCAAGUGUUCCAGUGA